AGUAAAUUGAAAUUCAUUGUCUUCAAACACGCCUGAAGGUGAAAACGUAAAAAAUAUACAGCAGAAAACCUUUCGAAUUCUCAAACAAAAGAAAAAAUCUGUUUUUCCUUCGAUUGUUUCCACUCGAGGUCAACCUACACCCCGAUAAAAACCCCUAAAAAUCUAAAAUGUCCGAUGAACCAUCAACCUCACGAGGAAAGUCGCAUCACUUUUCCACAAAAAAGAAAUCAGUAGACGACGAGAUCAACGAACUCCACCAAGAGUUUUCCACAGACGAUCACAUAAUUUCCCUGGAGAAGCUCUGCACAAAGCUGGGAACAGACCCAAGGAGAGGUUUGACUAACGCAGAGGCAUCGAAACGCCUGGAGAUAACGAGAAACUGUCUGAGUCCACCAAAGCAAACCCCAGAGUACGUAAAACUUUUGAAAUGCAUGUUCGCUGGUUUCGCUGCACUUCUGUGGAUCUGCGCUUGCCUCUGCUUCUUUCUGUAUGGGCUCGAAGAGCUCAUGGGUCACGACGACGAAGCGGGAAUCGAGUGGUUCGGAGUGAUAAUCAUAGCCAUCUGCAUUAUCUCAGGUCUUUUUGCCUUCAUCCAGGAGAGCAAGAACUCCAAAGUCAUGGAAUCCUUCACUAAAAUGGUACCAACUUACGCUCUAGUAAUUCGAGAGGGUGAUAAAAAGACUAUUCCAACAGAAGAAAUCGUCCUUGGGGACAGAGUGGAGAUAAGACUUGGAGACAAAAUUCCAGCUGACCUGAGGAUCAUAAAAUGCACUGGCCUCAGAGUUGAAAAUUCGAGUCUAACAGGUGAGAGCGAGCCAGUGGUAAGAAGUGAUUAUCCAACCGACAGAAAUCCUUUGGAGUCCCAAAACAUCGCGUUCUUCUCGUCUUACGCUGUUGCUGGUGAAGGCAGUGGAAUAGUCAUAGCGACAGGUGACAGAACAAUGAUCGGAAGACUCGCCGGUCUCACCACUAAAGUCACCAAGACAGAGACACCAAUUUCAAGGGAGAUCAAUCACUUUGUCCACGUCAUAACGUGGAUAGCAGUCUUCUGUGGUUUUACCUUUUUUGGUCUGUCCUUGAUGAUUGAAUCUAAUCUGGUGAAGGCCUUCACUUAUCUCCUGGGGAUUAUCAUAGCGAAUGUCCCAGAGGUAUUGCUUGUCACUGUGACAACGAGCUUGACACUGACGGCCAAGAAAAUGGCUAGUAAAAAUUGUUUGGUGAGAAAUCUGGAGGCUGUGGAAACUCUUGGAUCUACAUCGACCAUUUGCUCAGACAAAACGGGUACGUUGACGCAGAAUAAAAUGACAGUGUCAAACCUGUGGUUCGGCAAUGUCAGACAUAAUUUUCCAGCGGGUCUCUGGUCCCUCGGUGCCGAGAGAGAUUUAUUACUGGAGAAACCAGCUUUCAAUGUCAUGAUCAAAGCAGCAACACUCUGUCUGCGCGCCGAAUUUCAAAGUGAUUUCGAUGGUUUCACGAGAAUCGAGGAUCGAGAUGUGAUAGGUGAUGCAUCUGAGAGUGGAAUUCUAAAAUUCUGCGAGCACGUACAUCAAACCAAGAGAUUUCGAUCGAAUUAUCCCAAAGUCGCUGAGAUUCCAUUCACAUCGACCAAUAAAUAUCAGAUAUCAAUUCACCAAGAGGUGGAUGGAUAUAUGAUGAUAAUGAAAGGAGCACCGGAAGUCAUAAUUGAUUUCUGUGGGACAAUUCUUGCGAUGGAUGGACACACCAGGGAAUUGACAAGCACUGAUAUCCAGGAGUCGCGUCGUGCUUGCACAGAACUUGCCUUCCUGGGGGAGAGAGUUCUCGCCUACUGCGAUUUACCUCUUCCAGGGAGUAAAUAUCCAGUUAAUUAUGUGUUCGAUACGUCUUCACCGAAGAAUUAUAAUUUUCCGGCAAAGGGGUACAGGUUCGUAGGGCUGAUAAGCCUGAUUGAUCCACCGAGACCUUCGGUGCCUGAGGCUGUCCACACGUGUCGAACAGCUGGAAUUAAAGUUAUUAUGGUGACUGGUGAUCAUCCUGUCACUGCCAUGGCCAUUGCCAAGGCUGUAGGCAUCAUUGGAGAAGGGGAGGAUGUGCAUUACGAACAGCACAUUAUCGCGGAUAGAUCUAUCAGCCAGAAUUCUGAGGAGCGCAGCGAUAAAAGAAAAGCGAUCGUUCUGACAGGAGUGGAACUGAGGACCAUGCCAAGUCACCAGCUGGACAGCAUCAUAAGAAAAUACGAGGAGAUCGUGUUCGCGAGAACGUCUCCCCAGCAAAAACUCCUGAUCGUCGAGAGCUGUCAAAGACUUGGGGAAAUAGUAGCUGUGACUGGAGAUGGUGUGAACGAUUCUCCAGCUCUGAGAAAAGCUGAUAUCGGUGUUGCCAUGGGAAUAGCUGGAUCAGACGUUGCUAAGAAUGCAGCUGAUAUGGUCCUGAUGGAUGAUAAUUUUGCAUCAAUCGUCACUGGAAUCGAAGAGGGACGAUUGAUAUUCGACAACUUGAAGAAAUCAAUUGCUUACACUUUGACGUCUAGCGUUCCAGAGAUGAUUCCAAUGCUGUGUAGCAUUAUUCUGGCUAUCCCAUUACCCUUUGUCAUUGAAUUAGUCUUGUGCAUCGAUAUUGGGACGGACCUGUUGCCAGCAAUUGCACUAGCUUAUGAGGAACCCGAGUCGGACAUCAUGAAAAGAGCACCCAGGAAUCCCCAGUACGACAAAUUGGUGAAUAAACGAUUGAUAUCGGUUGCUUAUGGGCAGAUUGGUAUGUGCCAAGCACUCGCUGGAUUCUUGAACUACUUCAUGAUUCUUGGAUUCCAUGGGUUUUUGCCGCUAGAUUUGUUCGGACUCCGGCAGUCAUGGGAGAAUAAAGCUAUUACUGAUUUGAUUGACUCGUAUGGCCAGCACUGGACCUAUCAGAGUCGAAUGGAUCUCCUGAAUGAAGCCAGAACUGGGUACUUCAUAUCAAUUGUCACUACUCAGAUGAUCGAUCUCGUAAUGUGCAAGACGAGGAGAAAUUCCAUUUUUCAACAGGGCAUGACUAAUUGGUUUCUCAAUGCUUCGUUUGUCUUUGAAAUUAUUUUGACUGCCAUUUUGCUGUAUACACCGGGAACUGAAAAGGUUCUCAAGGCAAUGCCUCUCGAUCCGUAUUGGUUUCUACCUUGUCUACCCUUGGGCAUAUUUUUGUGGAGCUAUGACGAAGUCAGGAGGUGGUAUAUCAGAAAUUAUCCAGGGGGAAUCAUGGAGAGGGAGACGUAUUAUUAAUCAAUAUAUUAAGGGGUUUGUGGCUGGUGGUAAUUUUGCAAGUUUUACUGUGACUUUAGUUAAGGAUUUAUUUA